GAAAUAUCCAUAAACUACGGAGAUAGUGCUCUAUGUAUAUGUGUAUAUGUUGUAUAGUACUGCUUCUAUAGUACCGCAACACGGGAAUAGCCAAGGGGGAAUCCGUCCUAACUCCGGGUCCGACCUAUCGAAUGGAAGGAAGGGGAAAAUGCGCUCGGGAGAAGUCGCCGGUGCACCCCGCCGCGCCGGGAAAUAGACAGUCACUACGUACACAGUACAUAGUAAUCCCGGCUGUGCAAGGGAUGGAAAGCCUUUCUGACGAAAAGAGUUGCCGUGUGCGACGAAUGGGUGGAUGUUAUACGCCAUAGGUUGAGGCGCUUACCUAAUGAAUGGUUGGACGGCAGGAACCUGUUUCACUACCGUCCCUUCCGAGAGCCUUCCAUAUUCCCUCAUCUUGCACUCCAACCGCUGAAGCUGCUUUAUUGCCUGCCGCUGGCAAUCCACUUCAGCCUUCAAAAUCGAGGUUUGUCCACCAAGGAGAACUAACCUUGGCCACCACUCGCGACGAGAUGCCGCUCUUCCCCAGCUACGAGACCAUCCAGAACACCUUCGGCAGCCCGUACCUGCGCGGACGGCCGCAAACCAAACCCAAUGCGAGCGGGCCCACGCCAUACCAGGCUCGCCCCGAGCUGUACCCGGCCUACUCGGUUGUCGACGACGCGAAGAACAAGGCGCACAAGCUGAGCGCCGAAGCCGCCAAGGAGUUCGAGGCGGCUAGCCAGAAGGCGCAGCAGAAGACCGGCAAGAUCGAGCUUUUUUCGGGCAAGUACUAUGCCGCCUGCACGGUUGGCGGUAUGUUGGCAUGUGGCUUGACCCACGCGGCCGUGACCCCUCUUGAUCUCGUCAAGGUGCGACGGCAGGUCGACUCGAGCCUGUACAAGGGCAACUUCCAGGCCUGGGGCCACAUCUUCCGCACCGAGGGCAUCCGCGGCAUCUUCACAGGUUGGGGCCCCACGUUCUUCGGUUACUCGGCGCAGGGUGCAUUCAAGUACGGGUGGUACGAAUACUUCAAGAAGACGUACUCGGAUUUGGCCGGCCCGGAGGCUGCCUACAAGUACAAGACGGCGCUCUACCUGUCGGCCUCGGCUUCGGCCGAAUUCUUGGCCGACAUUGCCUUGUGCCCCUUUGAGGCCAUCAAGGUUCGCAUGCAGGCGACCAUUCCCUCGCAGUACAAGGGCACGCUCGACGGCUUCAGCAAGAUCUCGGCCACCGAGGGCUUCAGCGGGCUGUACAAGGGCCUCUACCCGCUCUGGGGCCGGCAAAUCCCCUAUACCAUGAUGAAGUUCGCGUCCUUCGAGACCAUCGUCGAGAUGAUCUACGACCGGCUUCCGGGCAAGAAGCAAGACUACGGCAAGGCGGCCCAGACGGGCGUGUCGUUCGUCGGCGGCUACCUCGCCGGCAUUCUGUGCGCUAUCGUCUCGCACCCGGCCGACGUCAUGGUCAGCAAGCUGAACGCCUACCGCAAGCCGGGCGAGGGCUUCGGGGCCGUCACGGCCAGGAUAUACAAGGACAUUGGCUUCAUGGGGCUGUGGAACGGUCUGGCGGUCCGUAUCGUCAUGAUUGGUACCUUGACUGGUCUCCAGUGGAUGAUCUACGAUUAUUUCAAGAUCUUUAUGGGUCUCCCCACGACUGGUGGUACGCCGCCGCCGAAACAGCUGAAGCAGGAGUAAGCACUACGAGAGUGCCACCAUGAUGGCGAGCCGAAUACGGGAAAUAGGAGCCGCGAGUCCGAAGUAAAAGGUCAGUUGAGUUGAGGGUUGUCUGGUGUCGAGUCCGUGUAGCCGUUAUUUUUUGUCUCUUAGAAAUUUUGCCAAUUCGAACUGGAAUUCGUUUAGUUAUAGUUAAUUACCGAGUCUGGACAUAACACUCCCGUAGGCUUCCAAGUGUCGUUGUCCCCGCCUCGGUUGUCGAUGCGGAGAAUUAUCUGAAUCUGAGCAUUACUUGAUCAAACUCGGGGGGAUUGCUAGGCCAUUUCAUGCAAAAGCCCUCGAACCCUCGACUGUUCAAACUCCAGUCUGGGUUCCGCGUAUUCCAGGCACCCCACUCCGUGGAGUACGGGGCUCUGCGGAGCAACCCGGCGCUAAAACGCGCGUUGAGCAGGGCGGGACCAUAGCAAGGCGCAGCUCAAUGGUGUUCACAGUGCAUCUCGGCAGAUUUUCACACGCACCAGGACACCCGAGCCGGCGUAUAUUACCCGGUGGUUAGUUGCUGACUAAUUAGUUCA